AUGGCACAGGCCGAAAUGGAAAUUCCGGCACCCUCUUCUACCAGUGAGGCAAAAAAAGGGGGAGGCCUCCAACAGCUAGCCGUGGUCUCGCCGCAGUGGGCGGCGGCAGCGGAACUUGACGCCAGUCACGGAGAUGACCUCCACAAGCAGCAGGAUAACUUGGGGGUCCCGCCGCUAUGUCCCAGUCGUUCCAGCGGUGUAGGCACUGAGACCGCGCCGGAGCAGUACCCGGUUGAACUCCUGCACAGGGCCGCGCAGAUCAUUAAGGAAGAGCGGGCACGCAGCGCCGCCCUGCAGCAGGAGCUGAAUGCGUUGCGCAAGUCCGCCGCAGUGAAGUCGGCUGCGCAGCAGCUCCAGCUAGAGAACCAGGAGCUCAAACGGCGGCUGCUGUCACUGCAGAGGCAGGUGGAUGGGACACAGGCGUCCGAGCUACCGGCUAAACACCAGGGAGGAAAGGGUAAAUGUCACACACCGUUUAGAUGUAGCACCUCUCCCUCACUGGAGCAUAACGGCAGGGCUUCAUCGAGGCCGUCGGCGUCGCGGACGCCACUUACACCCUCUUCUACGAACGGUGUUGUUGGUGGAAGCUACAGCGACACAAGACACAAGAAGCGGCAGGCCGCCUCGCUGCAGCGCCAACAUUUACUCGCCUCCAGCGAGAGUUCGAGGGAGCGGACCUUUGUUGGCUCGCAGCGGCCCGUUGAAAGACGACCACCUGCUUCGCUGGCCUCACCACCGCCAUCACCAGAGGUUUCGCAGAAGCCCUCAACUACGGCCAACGAGAAGGAAGCAGUGGUUGUGGGAAUGCCACAGCCUUUUUCGAAGUCCCCUGUUGCAAGGGAGCUCUGGCGUGCCACUACCGCACACGACUGUGAGAAGGCGUACAGCUUGGGAAUGAUCACACGUCUUCGCCGCGCGAUGGCACCGCCGCCUACAAAGGAACAGCUGGGCGAGGUUAUUCAGGCCAUGGUGCACGAGGUCGUGCGGGAUGCACGUAGAAGGGGAAUUAGUCUGAAAAUGACGCGCCAGGCGCCGUGUGUGUACCGCUGUGAGCUCUAUGGCACUGUCGCCACCAAUAGAAAAGGUAAGGACGCUACCGCACGCGUUGUGCACCUCUCCAUCGUCAGUGGACGCCUUGCCGUGAAGGUGGGCAGCGGUCACGAAAACUUUUUAGAAUAUUUGGAACGAUGUCGCUCCCUAUCAAGCGUCAUGGACUCUAGAGGGGAAAAAAACAUGUGGGGAGGCCGCUAG